AUGUCCGCCUCCGCGAGAAACCGAACCGCUACCGUCAGCUCCGGGCAGUCGUCACAAAGAGGUCGAAGCAAUGAGAUGCAGGAUUUCAACAUGUCGCAGCCCAACAUCAUGCGGUACUUCGAGCCAUGCGCCGCCACGGCGUCCAUGUUCUUGUAUGCCCAGGGCUCUUCCAUCGUAUGUUGCCACCACGAUACUCUCACAAUAGAGAGAAGAUUUUCGAGGCAUUCGGACGAAGUGCAGUUGCUCGCGGUUGAUACGCAAAGCGAGAUUGGAGCCGGAAGGCUGGUAGUCAGUUACGACGCCGGACAGACAGCCAUUGUCUGGGAUAUUAUGACGGGCGACGAAGUAGCCCGAUUUGCUUCAUACGAGCACUUGACAACUGCCGCCUGGAUGCGCAACGGCAAUGUCGCAUUUGGUAAUACGCAGGGUAACAUCAUUCUGUUCGAGCCCACAACAUCAGAGCAUAUCUCUUCGAGGACGAUUGACCAGAUUGCUGUAACGGCGCUUGCACCAGCGGCAGACUGUAGGACAUUCGCGAUUGGAUAUCAAAAUGGCUCGCUGUUAGUCGCAACUCUUCAGCCGCGGUUCACCAUCCUCCAUAACCUAGGCACAUCGAGAGCACCUUCGCCCAUCGUCACGCUCAACUGGCAUGCCUCGUCGUCUCGGCAAAAGUCGGACAUGCUGGCAUCACAGACCCAUGAUGGUGACCUCCGAGUUUGGAGUGUGUCCAAGUCGUACAGCAGCGAUGACCCCGCCAAGGUUGUGAGAAUCCUUAAGCGCACCGAUAACUACCAGACCGGCCCCAACUGGAUGGGUUGGUCGAAGAACGGCCGCAUUAUCCAACAUUCUGACUCGGAAACACUAUCGUGGGAUGUCCGUACUAAGCAUGUUACUUGGGAUAGUAUCCCGACGCUCGAGCAUGUCAGAGGCCUGGCCGUGUACGGCCCUGGCGCCAGCCUCUUCACUCUGGGAGCCAACAACACCGUCCAACAAUUCGACCUCAACACUCCAUCCAUCAUAGUUGCUAAUGUACAGCACCCGGCCAACCUGUUGCCGCCAUCACCACCUGUCUCGAUAGAGGAACAGCAGGGACAAAAGACAUCAACAAGCAUCGUUACUGACUCGGAUGCCACUUCUGGUUCAAUCGAGCUUGGUAUCUCGGAGAGUGACGAAGAUCACUUGUCUCCCUUUGACCGUAUAGUUAGCCGGAAGGACACGGGCACACCCAAAGCGCUCGACCCUUACGAUGCCGACACCGCAAGCGCGGCUUCUAGCCGCAGCGGACUGUCUUCCAUCUCGCAAUCCUCCGGAGGAUCUCGGACGCCCGGCCGGUACCCGUCGUCGGCCGUCUCUCGAGGCAUGACUGAAAACACCUACAUCUCUGCUGGUUCGUCUCUCAGAUCUUCUGCUGCACCUUACCAAGAGCGAGACAUGUAUUCCAUGAGCGGCACCUCAAUGAUGAGCGGCACCUCCAUGUCCUCAUACCGGUCUCGUCGCUCUAGGCCAUCCCGCCUACGAAAUGAGGUCUUACCGAGCCCUGUCGACAGCAAGGUUCAGGAUCUCUUCAAGUACACCAGAAGCCGGCUGAGCGACAUUCCUUACAAGCACCCGAUUGGGGGUGAUCACAGCCGACUCACGAAUGACGAUCUCCGCAAGCAGAUGCUUAGCACCAUUUUUGGAUGGAACAAGGAGAUUGACGACUUGGUUAGGGAGGAAUUGAGUCGACACAAUGCUGCUUCACCAGCUCGCAUUCUACUGAUGAGAUGGUUGGGCGACAUUGACGCAGAUGUCAUGGCAGCGAGCUCGGCCUCAAUGACUUCCUCUGACUGGAUGUUGUUGGCCCUCAGCGGUAUUGGAGGCCAAGCCUCGCAGCACAAGCUGGGGCGCGCCUACGUUCAAAGAUUACUGGAGCAUGGCGAUCUCCAUGCCGCUGUCACCAUUCUAAUUGGCAUGGGUGACCACAAUGAUGCCAUCGAGAUCUAUGUUUCCCACAAGAAGUACAUGGAGGCGCUUAUCCUGACUUGUCUCUUCUAUCCCGCCGUCUGGGAACGACAGGCAGCUAUCAUCAAGAAAUGGGGCGAAUGGGCUGUCAUGCACGGGCAACAGCAGCUUGCCGUGAGAUGCUUCGCCUGCACUGGCGCCGAGUCUGAUGAACCAUGGACAUCUCCUUCUGCUGCCCAGGUGACCUUCCAGAGCAUCAACCAGAACAUCAACGAGAGCAUCCCGGAAAUCUUGUCACCUCCCCUCUCGCCUCCUGGCAUUAAUCGUGGACCUCAACGAAGCAUCGCCAAGACGUCCGCUCUGAAGCUCAUCACUUCAUUCGGUGAGCAGCAAGGGAAGUCAAAGUUCUUUUCUCAAGGAGACGGCGGGCAGACUCCUAUCGCUGCCGGCCCAACACCCAUCGCCGAUUCUGCAGUCUCCCCCGGCGGAUACGAUGUUACCACUGCCUUCAUCCGCCCACCAAACCGCAGUCAGUUCAACACCCCGAACUCGGCGAGGUCUGGAGCAUCUGCCUUCAGUCGCAAGCGUCUUCCUUCCAUCGGCGAGAUUCCGGGAGACUUGUCACGCGAACAGCUUCAAGUCGACGUUGAGGAAUCUCGACGUGCCAUGCAAAUGCGCAUGUCCUCUGCCGAACAAGACAACCUCGCUGCUGGUUUGUCUCUGCAGCGGGCUGCCACGGCAAGCCCGAUGAUGAUGCGUGACCAGUACAAGAAGAUCACCACACGGACAAGAGAAAUGCCUCCCCCCUCUCCUGAUGCUAGAAUGAUUAUCAAGAUGGAAGGCAGCAUGGCUCAGCGCAAUGGUUCCCGAGACCGCAAGCCGAAGGGCCUCCAUCUCGAACUUGCGGGUCUGAACAACAUGGCCAAUGAGAUUACCUCUCCCGAGCAAUCUGUGGCAUCUUCCACCCGCUUCCACUGGCCUUCCCGGCGUAGGGGACCCGGCUCUGUCACGGGCUCCGUCACGUCUCAAUCCACUACCGGCAAAAGCAUCCGCAGCAACACUACGGGUGGACGACAGGACUACAUUCACAGCCUCGACACUGCCCAGCGCCUGCAACAACGUAAGCAGCGAAGCCGACAUGCCAGUCGAGAGGGCAAGCGAGAGGGCUCCCGUGGCCGCGACCGUGACCACAGCCGCACUCGCAAGACAUCUUCUCGCGAGGCUUCCGCUGAGCGUGGUCGUGCCUCUAGCCGUAACUGGCCCAAGGCAAAGCGCUCGCCGACUUCGCCCAUCCCCAUGUCACCUGAGGAUCUCAUCAACUUGAGUACGCCCAAGUUCUUGCCCGAUGGUGGGGACCCCGUCACAGUGAGGAAGUCUAGCAAGAGCAGGAACGGUGCCAGUCGCGCAUCCAGCCGGGGUAGCCAAGGCCGCAACAGAAGCCCCGAAGGCAGACAUCGCCCUCCUGCGCUUGAGCUCCGCGGUCGAAGUGCGGACCGGACUGGCUCCCACGCCAGGUCACCUUCAUCUCCGCUACCACUGUCGGCCAACCUUGUUCACUACCAGGGGUCUGAAGACGAGGAGGACUACGUUAAGGCUGUCGUUGCCCAAGAGAACUUCAGGAACAGACAUAACAGAAGCACCAGCCAGCAUGGAUCCCGCAAGGCGCUCUCACCUGAGCUCACCAGAGAAUUCCCCCGACGAGACCGAUCCGAGAGUCGCCGCCGUCACGCUGGUGAGAACCUCGACCAGUCUCGCGAUGUUGCGCCUCCCCAAUCCAAAUCGCGUGCCGCUUCUACAGAGCACGCGGGAGACUUGAAGGCUAUGAAGGACGAGAGGCAGCGUAAGAAGGAGGAAGCCGCGCGCGAACUCGAAGAACGUCGCAAGUCUCUCGCACAACGUCCCUCGGCGCCCCCGAUUCCUCAUCCCAACCAUAUCCGAAUCGGUAUUGAAUCAUCGCCCAGCGCCGUUGAGCUCCCACCUCGCAGCCACACUGCCGACCCAACCGUCAGGAGCAUGUAUGCCCGCAGCACCUCAAAUGUACACAUUGGGCUUCCCGCAACACCCAAGGCCAUGCGUCUAAUCAUCGAGUCUGACAAAGACAAGAACAGCAUUCCGGUGCCCCCGAUCCCGGCUACAUUUGCUCAGAGACACUCCCCCGUGACCUCUCCUCAGCAGCAGUCUCCUGAGAAAGAGCAGGCUCCCGAGACCCUCACUCUGCUUCCUCAGACAACUUAUCAGCUUCCCUCCACGGUCUACCAACCUCCCAACCGCGGAAUGAUUCCUCGCAGCAUGUCGGCUCCACCCAUUCCACCUGAUGCGCCCUCCCCUAGAGGUCCUAGCGCCAGCAGCAAGGGGCUUUCUCGCGGCCCUUCCACGAGAAGAGGUCACUCGGGGGAGAUCCGCACUGUCGACGACAUGAUCCGAGCCAGACGUGCCUCCCAGGAAAGCAACAACUACGGAAGCAUCCCGCCGCCGCCGCCGCCUCCUCCUCCUGCUCCACCAAUGUUGAAGGAGCUGCAGCACCUUGCGAUGCCUCCUCCCCCACCCCCGGCGCCUCUCCCAUACACGGCCCACAUCAAUCCCGUUACCAUGGGUUCCGGUAUGAUUGAGAUUGUCAUGGACGAUGAUGACAUUAUCCAAACGACUAUCGCUGCUCCCAUGGACACAACAGUCCCGGUUCUUCCACCACCUGCCCCGCCUGUGUCCAAGGGCGGUCACAGCAGAGGACGCAGCUUCUCUGAACGCGACAACAGCAUCGCCGGCCGAUUUUCCAAGGCGACCGACCGCUUCAGGUCUGGCAGCCGCAACCGCAAGGAGCCCUCGGCGCGGCCUCGCGGUCAGGAGGAGUACGAAUACGCUCCUUACGAGAGCGUCCCCAUGUCAAUGAACUAUGGUCGCGAGUCGAUGCGAUCACCCCCCGCCAUGGCGCAGAAGAGCUUGCCUACUGGCCUGCACCACAGCGAGAUGAUCUGA